UCCAGAGGUUUAUGCUUUUUCUUUUUCUCUAUAUUUGAAAAACGUGUUAUCAUGUUUCCUGAAGUUCGUAUCUGUUUUAAGGUGAUCUUUGAAACAGACUGCAGCUCUCAUUUGUAGGAACUGACGUAGUUGAUUGCCAGUGUUGCCAAAAGAAAGGUUUUAAGUGUGUGCAGAAAAAGAGUUGUUUUAUGCUCAAUUGUGCAUCUUAAAAGAUAUAUCGUGUUGGUGAUUUAGGUUUGAUGCACAAUAAAGCUUUCCAGAGUGCAAGCAUGGGUGAAAAUAGACGCACGGGUUGCCAGCUCGGGCAGAGCCUGCACGCGCGCCUGGUUUGUUUUCUUUAGUGAUUUGAAUGGGUUUGUAUUACAAUUUUGAUUGCUGUAUUUGCUUUUGCCUUCCUGGUGGGUUCUCUGCUGGGAUGCAACAGAUUUCACAACAGCCGGCUUCGCCGUUUAUCAGCAGCAGCGCAUUGCUUUGUGCGCAUCUUUCAUUUUUUUUGCUGGGUUUGGCGUGCGUUCCUCCUCUGUGUUUCAGAUGUGGCGGAAAGCCCCCGCCGCAUAAGUUUUCAAGCAGAAACCAACUCAGCUGAUGACUUUUGCUUUUUAUACUGCGAUUUAAUAAAGAAAACAUCAACGUGAGCCAGUCCGAGCGGUGCUGGUGGUACCAGUGCCAUGCUUUCCAUUGGUUCCUGUUUACAUGAUGCCCACAGGACAGCCGGUGAUUGGUGGCUCCUCACACGUGACCAGGCAACUUUGUACAUUUGACAGGGAGUAGGAGGGUUUUGUGGAGAUCAGAAAAACGACAGCGCGAUAAAAAUUAGUAUUGUUGCACUUCACAAAUUAAUGACCAUGAGUUCCUACUUGAUAAACUCCAACUAUAUCGAGCCUUCCUUUCCUCCAUGCGACGAAUAUCAGCAGAGCGGAUACAUCCCCAACCAUGGCGAUUACUACGAGCGACCAAAAGAUACGGGUUUCCCUCACCACGACGAGCAAUCCUAUCCGAGGUCAAACUACACAGAGACGGGUUACGAUUACGGUAACGUCCCCACCGCCGGACUCGACGAUUUUGGCGAUGGGCACCACGCGCAGCAGCAGCCGCUUCCACAGAGCCACGGUCCGCGCCUCACCGCGGCGCCGGACAGUGGCGCAGGGACAAAUGCCAGCAAAGACUGCAGCCUCGGCAGCGAGGUUUAUCCCGGCGUGGCGAAGGGCAAGGAGCCGGUGGUCUAUCCAUGGAUGAAAAAGGUUCAUGUUAGCACCGUCAAUGCCAGUUACAAUGGAGGAGUACCCAAGAGGUCCCGCACUGCUUACACCCGCCAGCAGGCUCUGGAGCUUGAGAAAGAAUUUCACUUCAACCGUUACCUGACCCGACGGAGGCGGGUGGAAAUUGCGCAUACAAUGUGUCUAUCCGAGCGCCAGGUCAAGAUUUGGUUUCAGAACCGGAGGAUGAAGUGGAAAAAGGAGCAUAAGCUUCCAAACACCAAGAUUCGCUCCUCCAGCUCGGCCUCGUCCUCAGCCUCCGGGCCCCAGCAGCAGCAGCAGAUCAAAACAGGCCAACAGCUCGUCCCCACGCCGUGCACUGUGGGUCUAUAGUGGACAGAUGAACCCCCGAAAGGAGAAAAAAAAUCCAAGACUGAGAUGGCAAACAACACGGGUGGAGUUUGAUGGACCGAUCUUCAGUAUUUUACACUCUUGGUGUUAUCUUUGUCACCUUGCCUCUGCCAUUGGGCCCAUUUCACGUCUUUCGUACCCUUUCCCUACGGUCGUCCUCUUCAUAUAAGCUUAAAACACACAUUUAAUGGCCACCGUGGCAACUGAAGUGUUUAUAUAUUUGUUUAUAAUGAAAUAAUUCAACGCACAUUCAAAUAGAUCUGUAGAUGUUUUAUUGGGAUGAGAGCAAAGUAAGUUUCAGCUAAUUUCCAAUGUUUUCUCAGAUAAUUUGUUUCUGUUUUUAUAUAUUUUUAAAUUACUUUUGCUCACAGAAAGUUCAAAUAUACUUGAAAGUUAUUAUAGCCAGAUUUCUGCCUCAGAACCGAGCGGCUGAAUUUAGAGGCAGAGCGGGCAGUGUAGUUUAUGUGUUUGAAUGGAUUGGUUUACUGUUGAAUGUAAGUGACUUUCACAUCAAAUGUACAUAGACAAAUCCUACCUAAUGAAGGCACAAUAAGGAAAGCGUUUCGUUCACUUCGUUGGUGUUGUGAGGUCCAGUUUCAUUUGUGCUCGUGCGUCCUUUGUUGUGCUGUGUUCUAAAACUGUGAAUACGUGUAUGUGUCGUCUCAGUAAAUGGCUGUUGCAAUGUAGGCUUAGCGUAUAGGUUUAACCCUGUUCUGAUGAAAUAAAUACAUGAUCAAGGC